AUGUUCACAGGUGGUAUUGGAGGUGCUCGGAUCUGGUAUAUGACAGUUGUGUGUUUUGUCACUGAUGUCCCUCAGCACCAAUCAACAGAGCAAAACCCACAUGCUACCAUUGACGAGCCUCUGAUGUUCAACCACUUUAUGAAAGACAAGGCUAUCAAGCCCAUGCGCCCACCUCCUCAUUCUCUGAUGCCUGCUUUUGGAGCAUACCAUGCCUAUCUCAAUGGCCAUGACUACAACUCAGGGACCAACAACAGUGGUCUCACUUGUGCCAACCCUGGCGAUGGGGGUUUGAGCUCCACAUUGGAGCACAACAUGCAUCCUCAGUCCAGCCCGGCUUUCUUCAGCCAGAGACCACUGCUACCACCCCCUGGAUCUCCAGCUCAAUACUAUCAUCCUUCGUUCUAUCAGUACCCAUACCAGUAUUAUCCUUUGUCUGCACCUCUGCAUCCUGUACAACCACCUGCAGCUCCCUCUGCUCAACCGUCCCCUUUGGAGUAUCCAUCACCUGGUGUCACCACCAAGCAUUCUGUCAUGCUCGAAAGUUUUUGUUCCAAGUUCCUUGUAUCUCCUUCUGAUUCUAAAAAGCUCAAAGCUGACUGGAUUUCUGUUGGGUUCACGGUCCUUGGCUGGUGCACCUUUCUCUCCCAUCACCGCAAGUUCUGUGAUGCCAUUAUCACUGGUACAUGGGUGUGA